GCCCCCUCCCUGAGUUCCCUUCCUGUGGCUCCUAAAUCCUGUGGUGGUGAAUCUCUCUCAGCCCCUUGUGCACGCGGAAGCCUCGCCCCGCCGCCUGCGGCUGGAGGGGGAUGAGGGCCCCGGAGAGAAGGCUGAGCGCCGGCAUCAGGCGGCCAUUUGCGAGGGGUCCAGUGACAUUCAGGGACGUGUCUGUGGAUUUCUCCCUGGAAGAAUGGAGACGCCUGAGCCCGGCCCAGAGGGACCUGUACAGGGACGUGAUGCUGGAGAACUAUGAGAACCUGGUGUCCGUGGGGCUUCCAGUGUCCAAACCCGCCGUGAUCUCCCUGUUGGAGAGAGGAGAAGCGCCAUGGAUGGCGGGCAUCCUCAGAGGCCCCUGCCCAGAUUACCUGAGUUGGAAUGCUAGGUGUGAAACCAAGGAUUCGGUUCUGACUGAGGGCAUUUGCCCAGGAACAUUGGCCCAAGAAAGAUUGUCAAUGGAAAGUAACUGGUAUCCCGGGAUGGGAGAAUCUGAGGAAUGGGAAGUUAGGUUAGAGAGACAGGAGGGUCACCAGGAGAGACAGUCCCAACAAGUGACAAUGACUCUUAAUAGUACGUUUGAUAUGGUGAGUGUACCUGAGUAUAGUAGAUUUGUUAGACAUUUUAACAUGGAGCCAGUCUUUUUUCCACAUUGGAGAGGUGACAUAGAAGAAAGAUUCCAUAAGUAUAAUUCACUUGGAAAGAAAGCCUUUGGCAAGAGAUUAAAUCUUAAUGGGCAGCAGAAAAGUCACACUGGAGAAAACUCUUUCGAAUGUGAUGUAUGUUGGAAAACUUUCUGGGAUAGGGAAGCACUUAGUAAACAUCAAAGAAUUCACACUGGAGUGAAAUUGUUUGAACUUAAUGAGUGUGAAAAAGGCUUCAGUGAUGGGGGACGACUUAUUGGACAACAGAAAUCUUCUGGAGUGAAACCGUUUGAAUGUAGGGAAUGCGGGAAAUCAUUAUCUUCAAGGAAAACCCUUACUUACCAUCAGAGAAUCCACACUGGAGUGAAACCCUUUGAAUGUGAUAUAUGUGGGAUAGGAUUUAUGCGAAAGGAAUACCUUAUUAGCCAUCAGAGAAUCCACACUGGAGUGAAACCAUUUCAAUGUAAAGAAUGUGGUAAAGCCUUCUUUCAGAAGGGAAAUCUAAAUAGCCACCAGAGAAUUCACACUGGAGUGAAACCCUUCGAAUGUAAUGAGUGUGGAAAAGCCUUCUUUCAGAAGGGAAACCUUAAUAGGCACCAGAGAACUCAUACUGGAGCAAAAAUCUUGGAAUGUAAUGAAUGUGGGAAAGCCUUAACUACAAGAAGAACCCUUAUUAGCCAUCAGAGAAUCCACCCGGGACUGAAACCUUUUGAUUGUAAAGUUUGUGGAAAAGCCUUCUUUCGGAGGGGCAACCUUUAUAGGCAUCAAACAACUCAUACUGGAGUGAAGCCUUUUAAAUGUAAUGAAUGUGGCAAAGCCUUCCGUCAGAAGGGACAACUUAAUAGCCAUCAAGGAACUCAUACUGGAGUGAAACCUUUUGAAUGUAAUGAAUGUGGCAAAGCCUUCUUUCGGAAGGCACAUCUUAAUAGGCAUCAGAGAAUUCAUACUGGAGUGAAACCCUUUGAAUGCAAAGAAUGUGGGAAAGCCUUUAGUGAGAAGACAUACCUAAUUAACCAUGAGAGAACUCAUACUGGAGUGAAAUCUUUUGGAGUGUGAAAUGUGGGAGAGACUUCAUUUGGAAGGAACACUUCAUUCAUCAUCAGAGAAUCCACACUGGAGUGAAAUCCUUUGAAAGUAAUCAACGUGGGAAAAAAAUCUUCUUUACAACAACAUCUCUUAUUAGCCAAUUAGAGGAUCCACACCUAAGUGAAACCCUUUGAAUAUAAUGAUGUUGAAUAGCCUUUCUUUGGAGGAGAUCCUGUAUUAGUUGUUGGAAGAUCUGUAGUGGAGAGAACUCCAUGGAAUGUAAGAAGAUAUAAUUAAUAAUUCAGGAGAGAACUCAACCUGGAAUGAAACCCUUUGAGUGCAGUAUGUGGGAAAGCCUUCUUUUUGAAGGGCUAUCUUAUUACCCAUUAGAAAACCCACACUGGAGUGAAAUCCUUAAAUAUAAUGAAUUUGGGAAAGUUUAUAAGCACUGAAGAACUUUGAAUCACCAGAAAACUCAUGUUGGAGUGAAAAUGUUUGAAUGUAGUGAAUGUGAGAAAACCUUCAUUGACAAGGGACACUUCUUAAGCUUCAAAACUCAUACUAAAGUGAAUGAAUGUGGGGAUACAUUUGGCUAGAGAGAAAAACUUUCUAAUGUGAGAGAAUUCUUACUUUUUCAAGUAAAUAUAAAUAUAUAUUAUUUAAAUGUAAUAAAUAAGUUGAAAUGUAAUCUCCCAUUAUUUGUAGUUUCUUGAGUAAAAAUGGUGUAACAUUAA